UAUUCACAUGUAUAGAUAGUAAAUAUAUGUUCGGAUUUACUGUGGAGUUCAAAAGGUUUUUAUGUGUAUUUGCCAUCCGAGAAGGACGACCUAUGUGAGGAGAAAAAAAAGCCGUGGGAAAAUGGCGGGUCUGCCUACAUGACUGGUGGUGCGUUGCGCUAAUGCUGAGGUCACUCAGCGCAGAAACACUGUCCUACUCACACCCAACCACUAGAAUAAAGGGUAACUCAAUUCACUCAUCUGGUUGCUGAACAGCGUCGUGACCUGGUUCACCGUGCUUGCUAAUUGUCGGCAUCUGGGGCAAUGGCGGCCGCCCUUACAUUCCCGCAACGCCGUCUCCCCACAUCGUCUCUUUCAUCUACUUCACAUUCAUUACCCCAUACUGACCCCGACACCUAAUUUCACGUCAUAGUAAAUAUUCGGAGUCUCUGGGGUGCAAUAGGAUAAUUCCAUCAUGGCUGUAGAUGGAAACGGCGCCGCUCGCAAACCCAAAGGUUUCGUUCACACUGGUGCUAUCAAGGAUGGCUUGGGUGAGAAGGAGAAGAAGGGUUUGGUACUCAAGAUUAAAAAGCCUAUGCCGAAGCCCAGCACACCAGGAAACUGGAAAGAGAGCGAACCCGUGAAUGUGGACAACAAAACGUCGACCACUAACGGCACGUCUCCGUUAAUGAACCCUAUCGACCAAAAGACCCUCGCUAGAUUUGCAAACGGCCGACCCAACGAUGAUAGACCCGAUUCUGUACAAUGUAAACACUGCCGGCGUGGAAUCUUACGUGUUGAUGCCGCCACCCAUAUUCGCGAGUGCUUGAACAAAAAGCAGGAGAAAUUGAAGAAGAAGAAGGAGGCUAAAGAAGCAAAGGAUGCUGCACUGCGCAAGGAAAAGGGCGAGGAUGAUGACAAUGGCAAGAACGCGCGGAAGUCUGCAGUCAAGGGUGCAAUAGUGGAUGGUGAAGGCGCAAAGAAGGGCAAGAAACGGAAGCUGGAAGGCGAUGAUACAAAGGGAGGGGCUAAGAAAAGAAAGAAGGAUGAGCCCAAAGCGAAGACCGCGAAGCCCAAAGGACCGGUGGAUGUCGAGAAGCAAUGUGGUGUUCCACUACCAAACAAUGGCUUCUGUGCGAGGAGUUUGACCUGCAAAAGUCAUAGUAUGGGAUUGAAGAGAGCAGUACCGGGCCGAAGUUUGCCGUACGAUAUGCUGUUGGCGCAAUACCAGAAGAAAAACCAGGCAAAGCAGCAACGUGCUGCAAUCGAUGCGAAUGCCCCUCUCCCCGAAGAUCUAGAGCCUUCGGGUGCAGUUGAUUCCGACGAAGAGAAGGAAGCUAUCAUGACCGCACUCGCACAUCACUAUCCCCGUCCCAUGGCGACGUACCACCACGUCUCAUUAAGAUCCAAAUACCAAAGUAUCCGUAUGAAGGAUAUGCUACGUUCCGCCCUUGGAUCGCCCCCAGGAGGUGGUACUAGUUAUUCCGCCACACCUUCCGAAGCUCUCGGCUCCGCCCGUUCUUUAGGACUCGGCAUGAUGGGCGCACCAGGAAGUGCUACAGCCGAAAAUUUCUCGGGGACAGGUUUCGGUGCACCCCUGAGUGCUGGGACAGACGGUGGCAAUGGAAUGGCCAGCAGGCGGCAGAGCGGAAUCGGACUUUCUGGCCCAGGAAGCGCAGGCCCGCGCCAGAUUUUACCCGGGCAAUUGCCAGGACCCGGCCCGCAGAGGAAGGGAAGUGUGACGAGUGUAGGGGCAUCAUAG